AUGAGGAGGCUGCGGGGGGCGGGAGGAGAUCAGGUCCCAAGCGUCCCGGACUCUUGCCGAGGGGCAGCGCCGACCUCCCCAUCAUGGCGGCUGCCGGGCGGGGAGGCCGAGCCCGUGCGUCGCUGCCCUACCGCGCAAUCUCCAGCUAUUUCAGCCCCGGCGCAGCCGCAACACGCCGCCCGCCCGCCGGCCGGCCGGCCCGCCCCGCAGCCGGCACCCUGCCGCCCCCGGCUCCGGGCCUGGGCCCCCACCGGAUUUGGCCCGCCUUCGGCGAGGGGCCCCGGCCCGGCCUCGUCAAACCGCCACCCCGAGGAUGCGCAGGCCGCACUAGGCCCCAGGCGUCCUGGCGGGCUCGGGAGGGAGGCGCAGCCCUCCCCAGAGCCCCAGGGCUCCGGCCUCUCCCGCCGCCUGAGGCUCUCGGGGCCGCCGCCUCCUCCCUGCUGUGGAACCCCAGGCCCGGGCUGUAGCCGGGCCUCCCCGCGGGCUCGGGAGCGGGAGGCCUGGGAGAGCGCGCCCGGCAUGGGAGCGGGAGGUGGGCGAGCUGCGCGGGACCCGAGCCGCAGCUCCCCCCUCGCCCCCUCGGCUCUUCCUAGGUCUUGUCCGCGGGCGGCGCGGUGGGGUCGGGCCGGGCCAGGGCGCGGGAGGCGCUGUCUCCUGCGGGAGAGGAGGCUGGCUCUUCGGGCAACCUCCGAAGCUUCCCUCCCGCCGGUGUGGCGUAGGCUUGUUACCCAGGUGGACUAAGCAAAGAUGUGUGUGUUCCUGUACCACCCUUUUAAAAAUUGCAAAUGAUAGCAUAAAUGCAUACAGGUACCUACUCCAUUCAGGG